AUGCUUAUAUACGGAAUCUUUCAAGUCAGGUCGAUCGUGUAUGGUGAUCAGUCCACAAUUUUGCACAUUUUCCUUUACUCUCACGAUCGUGCUUGCAGUCUUGGCGAAAAGCGAUCGGAGUUGUCGCGUGCACACUCUGAAAGGAGGUGGAGGAAACUGUGAGCCCGCUGGCGGCGGCGCUGGCUUGUUCCCGUCCGCGAUACUGAAGUAUGAGCUUUCGGACUGUCGUUCCUUAACUGCUACGCCAAGAGGCAGUACUCACACUUCAGUAUCGUGGACAGUAUCUAUAUAGAUCAUGAGAACGCUAGCAAGCCAGCGGGCAUGGAUAAAAUCGUAUGGAGGAUGAAUAAAAAGUUCUCAGUCAGAC